CAGAGCCCUCCUUACCCCCCUAAAUACGCAGGCCUCGGCGGCACCCCAACCCGCGGCGUCGACAUCCCUAUCUCCGCCGUUAUCCUCUUCUUCUUCAUCUGCUCCGCCGCCCUCAACAUGACAAUCUUCCAGCGCAACCGCCGCCGCGGCCACAAGUUCGUCCUCUCCGGCCUCUUCUUCGGCUUCUCCAUGGCCCGCAUAUCGGCAAACGUCAUGCGCAUCGUCUGGGCCUGCUACCCGCGAAACGGCCGCAUCGGCCUCGCGGCCCAGAUCCUCGCCAACGCCGGUGUCCUGCUCGUCUUCAUCGUCAACAUCAUCCUCGUCCUGCGCGUCUUGAGGGCCUACCAUCCUCGUCUUGGCUGGAGCUUGCCCGCCAAGAUCUUCUUCCGCACCAUCUACGUCACGGUAGUGGCGUGUCUCUUCAUGCUCAUCAUUUCCAUCGUCUACAGCGCUUACACGCUCAACCAGUCCUCCAUCGACAAGACCCACGACGUCCAGGUCUUUGCCUCAACCUACUUCGCCUUCCUGGCCUUCUUCCCGAUCCCCGUCAUCGCCCUCUGUUUCAUCAUCCCUCGCCGCCAACGCAUCGAGAAGUUUGGUGCCGGAAGCAUGCGCUACAAGCUAUUCCUCAUGAUCUUCAGCGCCUGUCUGCUCACUCUCGGCGCGAGCUUCCGUGCAGGAGUCUCGUAUUAUCGCGUUCCUGUAACUGAGCCGAGAUGGUUCCAUCACAAGGCCUGCUUCUACUGCUUCAGCUAUGUCAUCGAGCUCAUCGUCAUCUUCACAUACGCGCUGUCUCGCUUCGACAAGCGCUUCCACAUUCCCGAUGGAAGCAGCUCUCCCGGCCACUAUGUCAACGGUGUUCCCGGCUCAGAUGGACGAGUAUUCGAUGAAGAACUCCCCGCCAGCGCUUCUGCGCAGACCAUGCAUGAUUCCACCUGGGACACGCCACUCGAGAACAAAGUUUGAGCAACAGCUGGGCAAAUGAUUAGGAGGAAAUGGAGAAAAAGGACGAGAAGCAUAUAAUGGCAGCAUGAAAGCACCUGAGGUUCUGUAUAUAUGUCAGUGUGCUCGGUAUAUUUAGACAAGGACUUCAUAUGGCGUUGGGUUAUAGACAGGGUAUCGUAUAUUGUACGAGUCAUGAGAUAUCAGGAAAGGACCCCCCUUUGUUUUCGAGCAAAGUUUGGAAGAAUCUUCUCUCAGUAUAGAAAUAAGCGUACUUGCAUGGAUGAAUAGAAAAUAAACCAAAUC